AUGAAGGAAGAACAGGAAGUCAACAAGAAAAGAAAGAGCAAUAUUCAUCAGGAAUAUCAAGUAUCGAAAAGGUUGGAGGAAUUCGAUGAAGAAGACGAGGAUUUGCUGGCAUUAUCUUUGUCAUAUGGUUCAAGUAGGACCAAACUUACAUUGUCAGAAGAGCCACUUCCUCCGACUCCACCCACGACGCUGCCACUGGAACAACAACAACCCCAACAAAUAGUUUCCCAAUCUUUGUCAAUGCAAACACUGCUUUCCCAACCCCCUCCUCAAUUCCCUCUCCAGCUAUCCUCCUCCCAUCCUCUUUUCAACGUUCCUUUUGUCUCCCAAGUCUCGUCUUCUUCCCCUCUCGUAUACCCCCAAGAGCCUGUCUCCUCGGCUGUCGCUGGCCCUUCACGCCCUAUACGUGUUCGGAGAAACCCUAUUCAGGCCCCACGAGAAGGGAAAAGCGAGACGGUCCCUCCUCCAUUUCCAUGGGCCACAACGCAUCGAGCCACGGUUCAUAGCUUUAACUAUUUGUUGUCAAAACAAAUAGUUACAGUCACUGGUGAUGUUCAAUGCAAGCGUUGCGAGAGACAGUACGAGAUGGCUUAUGAUUUGAAAGACAAGUUUGCUGAAAUUGGGACUUUCAUAGCGGAGAACAAGAAUGCCAUGCACGACAGGGCUCCACCUGUUUGGAUGAAUCCGGUGUUACCCACAUGCAAGUUUUGUGAUCAGGAAAACAGUGUCAAGCCGGUGAUUUCUGACAAGAAGAAAUCUAUCAACUGGCUCUUUUUGCUUCUUGGGCAAAUGCUUGGAUGCUGUACUCUUGAGCAGUUGAAGUAUUUUUGCAAGCACACCAAAAAUCAUCGUACUGGGGCCAAAGAUCGCGUUCUUUACCUGACUUAUCUUGGUCUUUGCAAGCAAUUAGAUCCCAACGGCCCUUUUAAUAGAUAA